AUGUACACCGUGUGCGGAGCGAACAUCAUCGCGGCCAAGGCGCCGACGGCGGCGAAGAAGCAGGACAAGGUGAAGCGGGCGGUGUCGCUCGGCUUGGCCGGCUUGGCGGCGGCGACCGUGUCCGUCGCGCCGGCGCACGCGGAUUUGACCGCCGAUUUGCUCGCGCGCACGGAAGCGAAUAAGUCGUUGAACGAUCAAAAGCGCGCGGCGACGUCGAGCGCGAACUUUGAGCGCUCGCGCCUCGUGACGGAUGGCUUUUGCCAAUUCCCGCAAAACAUCUUCGGGUGCCAAAACGCCGCGGAGAAGGGCAGCGUGAAGUUCUUGUCCGACGAUAUGGCGAUCGAGUGCGAAGGCACCGCCGACGGCAAGACGUGCUCGUCCAAGGCCCCGGGCGCCUACCCGUCCUUCCUCGGCUUGUAA